AGGGACAGCACUGUCGAUUAAAAAGUUGGUAAACCAAAAAGUUUUUAUUGAAAAAGUCGGAGAAAGAGAAAGUCAGCGAAGAGCCUGUUUAAUUAGCGGUUGUACCGCAUUACAAUGGAUAGCUCAUAUCAGCGGGAUGGCUACCUCAUGGAUAUGAUUGAUGAAAAGUGGAGAUCUGAUGAACUACCAAUGGAAGAUAUUCGGGUCCCCAUAGCAGCAAGACCUGAGCCAGAGCAAGACAAUGGGCCAAGUGCUGAAAGCUUGCAGGAACAAGAGCAGAAAUGGCUAGAUCUGGCUUUAUCUUCACUAAACGGACUUCCUCCUACUUCUACACAAAGCUGAUAAAACUAAUCUUGACCAAAACAGAUUUGAAAUUGACUGCAAUAUUAAUAUCACAAAAAAUAUUUUUCAUUAUAUACUCAAUAGGUAAAAACAAUCUUUUCUUGUAAGGAAUGUUGCUGUUUGUUAAUUCUGAUUAUAAAUGUUUAUUAUUAUUUAAAUACACAUACUGAUUAUCAGUUGUAAAUAUGUAGGCUAAUCAUGCAAUAUUGUCAAUAACCAUUUUUUUAAGCAAUUUUUUUUUAUAUUCUAUAUUAGGCAUAAAGACACAUUUCAAUUUUUUACUCAGCAGUCAAAUAUUAUCAGCCAAUAUGAAACAUAUCUCUAUUUGCCAAAAAUUGACAUGAAAAAAAUCAGAACUUCUACCUAUUCUAAAGAUUAAUCAAAUAAUAUUCUUUAAAACUGUGUAAAUUUAAACUUUUUAAAAUCAAAUUUGCAUUAUUCCAGUUAAAAAUAUGAACAUAUACAUUGUAAUGGAAUGAAUGAAAAUAUUGUAUGAUGAAUGCAAUUAAAAUUCUUUAAGUUAAAAAAUGUAUGUAAUGUUUUUUAAAAUUUUACACUACACAAUCCAAAUUUUGAGUCCUUUUUGAGAGAUAAGCAUGGUCAUUAUUUUUAUGGCAUUCAUAAUCAGUGUUUGUAUAGUGAAAUAGUAGUGGAAGAUUGACUUUGAUGUGAAAUCAGACUUGAAAGAUUUUUUUUUGUGUUUUAACACCUAUUUAUGUAAAUUUACUGUGAUGAAAUGAAUGUGUUAGGUUAAAAAAUGGCAUAUGAUUAAAAGACAUUGAUGGAUGGCUA